AUGCUCACAAAGUUCAGUCCGGUUAAGCAUCCCAAGUCCAACAGCAUUGGUGGCCUCAUGUCCAAUUGGGAGAAGGUGUACCAACAAAGCGAUCCCAUGGCAUCUACAACUUCGCUGGCAGCUUCCAGUACAGGGGAUAAUGAAGACGAAAAUCAGCCCCAGGCUAUUGGUGAGUUUCAUGAAGUCGACGAUGUCGAGAUUGUCAGAGAAGCAAGAAAGGCCAAGUCCAAGUCUCAGAGUAAUGUCAAGGCUCAGGCAACCAACCGUGCCAUCAAGGUCGAAAAGAAAUCCAUCACGGUGGAACUGGAGUUAGCUAACAUCAAUGAAAUUGAUGGGAAGGAGCAUGGGAAACCCAAGUCGAGAAAGACUGUGUGGAAGUUCGAAGACUUGCCUCUUCCCACUGCUGCUGAUGUCAAGCUGUUCAAACAGAAUGUGGUGGUACCAAUCCUAGAUUGGACUGCAACACUUGAGAACCUCUUCAGCGCCAACAGCCACUCUGACUUGAGGCCGACUGUCAUUCGCUUAUGGACUGACACGUUUGCCCACCUGCCCAAGUAUCUCGAUGACGUGAAGAAGGAACCUCGUGCAGAGCAUCCGGUGAUGUGCUCGGUAACGGGCAGUGUGCAAAUGAAACUAGCAUCUAGAUCGUCAAUCUAG